AAGUACCGGAAGUAGCGUAAAAGGCGCGCGCCGCGCUGUCAGUCGUAGCUUGCGCGGUCGCCUGCCUCACUAGAAGACAGCGGGUGGUUCUGGAUCCCUGCAGCUUCGCCGUCUGGAGGGCACCAUGGACGACAAGGAGUUAAUUGAAUACUUUAAGUCUCAGAUGAAAGAGGAUCCUGACAUGGCCUCGGCAGUGGCUGCUAUCCGGACUUUGCUGGAGUUCUUGAAGAGAGAUAAAGGGGAGACGAUCCAGGGCCUGAGAGCGAAUCUCACCAAUGCCAUAGAGACGCUGUGCGGCGUGGACUCCUCGGUGGCGGUGUCCUCUGGCGGGGAGCUCUUCCUCCGCUUCAUCAGCCUCACUUCCCUGGAGUACUCUGACUACUCCAAAUGUAAAAAGAUCAUGAUUGAACGGGGAGAGCUGUUUCUUAGGAGAAUAGCCCUGUCAAGAAAUAAAAUCGCUGACCUGUGCCAUACGUUCAUCAAAGAUGGGGCGCGAAUUUUGACUCACGCCAGCUCCAGAGUGGUCCUGCGAGUCCUGCAAGCAGCUGUGGCGGCCAAGAAGCGCUUUCAUGUAUACAUCACGGAGUCCCAGCCCGACCUGUCAGGGCAAAAGAUGGCCAAAGCCCUCUGCCACCUCAAUGUCCCUGUCACUGUGGUGCUGGAUGCUGCUGUUGGCUACAUCAUGGAGAAAGUAGAUCUGGUCAUUGUGGGCGCAGAAGGCGUGGUUGAGAACGGAGGCAUCAUUAACAAGAUCGGAACCAACCAGAUGGCCGUGUGCGCCAAGGCGCAGAACAAGCCCUUCUACGUGGUUGCGGAGAGCUUCAAGUUCGUACGGCUCUUCCCGCUGAACCAGCAGGACGUCCCCGAUAAAUUCAAGUACUGGGGAUUGAACUCACGACCUCGAGCUUGCCAGGCAGGCGCUUAUGCCGCUGAGCGAAAUCCCCAGCCCAAAAAGACUCUUGGCUAGAUCCCUUAAAGUGAAACACCUCCGGACCCUCCCAACCCUGCUGAAGGAAUCCAGAGUCCACCCUCCAAGCCUCAGCAGCCUUUUGUUAACCCAAAGCCCCGCCAGCAUGAGGCCCUCAUGCCUGCAACUGAGACCCAGGACUGCGACCCUCAGCACACGCGGGGUGGUGAGUUCCAGCCCCCUAACUGGGGCCCAGACGGGUUACCUGAAAAAGACCAGGUGUUUCUCCUGCUUGUGGUUCCGAAGGAAAUGUACCAGCUGGUUAAACUUCUCAUCUGCCUUACAUACCUACAACAAAAAAAGGAAAGUUUUUAAGAUUUUUUUAAAAACUCAAUAAUCCCCAUAGUUAUUUCAAUUUCAGCCUUCAAUGUGACAAAAUCCCAUGUCCUCUAGGACAAAUUGAUAAUCAAUGUACUGGGCUGCAGACUGUAAAUGUUAAUCAAGUCACAAGGUCACAAAGCCCUGAGGAAGGCAUCACCUGGUCGUCCCAAGCGCCAGCACUCUUCGGUGACCUUGCCAGCUGCAACACCAGGGGACAAAUGCAGGUUCAGGCACUGCCAGCUCAAUGUCACCACGUGAGGCAAGCACGGCCAUCAGAAAGGCAGGCCCGCCACUCCCUGGGACCCGUGGACAGACCCCACUGGCUCUUCACUCCACUCACGACUCCAUCCCUGCUGGAGACGCUAAGGCACAGGGACGGCCCCUGUUCCUACAGAGCUAAAUCUCCAUCUGGAGCACUGCUCCUGCUCUGGGCCACAUCUCAGUGCAGCCCCAAGGGCAAAUGCAGCAUCUGUGGUGUCUCAGCCCUUACUGUGUCCUAAACCUCCCCUCUCACAGGUAGCGACGGUCAGUGCAACCAGUGACCCCACAGGGGACGAAGCCCCAAAACACCAGUGCUGAGUACUCCCCUCCCCAGGACAGACUCACAAGUCCCACUUCAGCAAAGCACAGGAGAUCCCAGCACCUCUCUAGGUCAGCACCACGGGGUGCCUUCUCAUCUUUGAGCUCCUUCUACAUGACCAGGACAAUAGCCUCACCCAGCCACCAGCCCACUGCCUCUGUGCACACAGCCACGUCCAGGGCCCAGAGAAGCCCCCUCAGACAUUGGGGGUUCUCAAUGCCACAUAAGCCGUGGCAAAGCCCAGCAAUGGAGGAUGAGAGGACACUGCUGACCUUGUGAGUGAGCCAUCAAAGUGCCCCAAACCUGCCCAUGGCCUUGAGGAAACAGCAAGUGACAACGGGGCUGGGUGCAGGUCAGAAACGAGGCGUUUGCCCACACAUUUCCCACACGGCCAUCAGGCUGGGCCCACUUCGGGGCCCAGGGCGCUGCCUGCACACUCUCACACGUGCCACACAAACAUCCAGGGCAAGUCCUCUGGGCUGGGAGGUUCAGACGCAGUCCUAAGACAUCACUCCUCUGUCAUUCAGACCAUGUGGCCUAGCCCUGUCCCUCAACACUGUGCCACAGGGUCUCGUUUUCUAGAUCAGACUUCCUUGUGACCCCCAGCAGAUCCCGAGAACGCCGGCCGCCCCCGGACCCACCAUGUAGUAGUUCUGCAGCCUCGAGGGUGUCUUCUGGGUGCUGCUGGCCGCCACGCCCUUCUCCUUCACCGAGAUGCGCACAGGGUUGCGGAGCCCAGCGCGCACCAAGUUCUCCACCUCCUGUGUCUGUGUUGCCGAGAAAAGCCCUGUCCUCCUCUGCUUCGGCAGCAGCUCCAGGAUGGUGUUGAUGCUGGGGAAGCACACCGUGGGCUUGAGUGCUCGCCUACCAGCAGCCAGCACACAGCACUAGAGGGGUAUUUUAAGAGUGGAGUGCUGGGUAUGGGGGUGCACACCUGUAAUCCCAGCACUCAGGAGCCCUAGGCAAGAGGACCGCCUAGAGUUCAAGGCCAGCCUGGGCUACAUAGUAAGUUCAAGCCAGCCUGAACUACCAACUGAGACCCUGUAAAAAAGACAAAAAAAAAAGACAGGAAGAGAAGCCAACAAAAUAGUUGACAAUAGUGGGAGUGAAAUUAUAAGCAAUGGAGGCGCCAAGUGUGGCGGCAAACAACUGUAAUUCCAGCACUUGGGAGGCUGAGGCAAGAGAAUAAUUGCAAAUUUUAGACCAGCUUGGGAUACCAAGUGAGCUCAAGGCCAGCCUGAACUGCACAGCAAGACCGUGUCUCAAAAGAACAGAAAAACAAAAAGUACAGUGGAGGAGGGGCACAAAUAGAAGAGAGUGAAAUUAAGCAUUUUUUUGUUUGUUUUUUGUCUUUUUCCUUUUUAUUGGUACCGGGGAUCGAACUCACGACUGCCUGUUUGCAAGACAGGAGCUUAUGCCACUGAGCUAAAUCCCCAGCCCCAAUUAAGAACUUUUUGAGACUAAAACAUACUGCACCUUACACUUUAUAUGAAUCCCUUAAAUGGUGUUUGAACAUAUCCCCCAAAGCUGUUUAUUAAACAAAAACCUGAAGGAAAACGCAUUUUGAGGUCAAAGCUAGAACUGGAAGGACGUGAUAGCAGAAUCUGAAGGCCUGAGCCACCUGACGAUCUGAAAUCCCAGUGUGGGAUGAAAGCAAUCCCGAUGCAACACGACAGAACUCCUCUGCUUUUUCUACCAGUACCGCUGGUCCAUCCCAGGGGAGCCCAAAAUCCAGUACCUGGCUUCAAAUCCCAUGUCCAGAAGUCUGUCUGCUUCAUCCAGCACCAGGACAUCCAGGGCCCGCACACAGCUGGCUAGGUCCAAACCCUCCGCCUUCCUCCGGAACAUGUCCUCCAGGCGGCCUGGCGUUGCCACGAUGAUAUUCCCACUUUGGGAAGAAAGGUAACACUGGCCACACGAUCUGGAACUCGGGAACACUGGUGAUUUCCAGACCAUCAAACUUCCCAGCCCUCAAAGCCCUCUAAUCCCACAGAGAAGGAAGGCGGCCAGGAGAGGGGCACAGCACCCUGCAGGGUGCGCAGCAAGGGUUGCAGGGGUCAGAGUGGUUCCUGAGCCAGAAGAGGAGCUAGGAAGUGUGCACCAGGCAGCAGAAGGGAACUAGCAGAGCUCCCAGGUUGGGGGCAGGCCCAUGUCACGCUCGGACUCGGCUAGGGUCCCAGGCCCACAGCAAGGCCAGCCAGGAGCCAGAGAAAGCAAGCUCACCCUUCUCGCUUGAACCUCUCAACAUCUUCUCCAGGGUUCCUGCCUCCAAUCCAAAGAAUCUGGCUAAAACAGAAAGUGGACUCUGAGCAAGCCAGGCCGGACAUCAGUCCAGGGCAGUCAAGGAUCAGCAUUCAACUCACCUGAACUGGGGGAAGCGCUUUGUGAAAUGUGACAGGACCUCGUCAAUCUGAAUGGCCAGCUCGCGAGUGGGGGUGAUGAUGAUGGCACCCACCUACCCCAGGGAAGGGAUGUGGUCAGCGGGUAGGCAGAGACCAACCGCACAAGCCCACACCACCUCUCCCGGAGGACCAAUGCCCAGGGAAACGGCUCGUGCUGGGCUUUCACCAAGCACCAGGUCACAGCACUUAUCAGCUGCUCCAAAUUCCUUGUCAUUAUGCACGUGACCACAGCAUUACUGAGUCUGGAACUGCUGCUCCCACGGGAAGCACAGGGUCAGGUUCCUGCAAGCCCUUGGGCACACCUUCAUCAGUCAGUCAAUACCUCAUGUUAUGGAGGUUUGGUUGAAACACAUCUUUUUUACUGUUUGCCACUAAUCUGUGACCACUGAAUUCAGGACUAAGAGCAUGACGCACACCUGAAAGUUUUCUAACACACUUUCCAUACAAGCCACUCUAAGCCAAUAGCCAACAACCAAAUCAGAAAGGAAAAGCCCAGAAAUGUAAAAAGCCAGGCACUAAGCCGGCCAUGAGAAGGGUCCACUUAUAGGACAGGAGGGGAAAGCAAGUGCGCUCUGCCACCGUCCCUGGAGGGCCACGGGGGCAAAGGAGAACACACAGAAGCCGAACAUGAUGAGACUCCACUGCCAGCUCCUUCCCCAGCUGUCAACACUCUGAUGACCACGCCAUGACAAACCACUCAAUGACUAACCUGCCUCUUCUUUAACUUCUCUUCUCUUCUCAGAAGGACUUCCAGGAUGGGGAUGACAAAGGCGAGGGUUUUACCGCUACCUGUGACCUGCAAGGGGGAGAAGGCUUCAGUUUGCUCCCCGAUGCCAGCUCCCCAGAGGGACUGUGGUCGGCUGAGACCCAAGGCACUCACCGCUUCGGCGGCAACGUCUUUAUUCUUCAUGAACAGGGGAAUGGUUGCAGACUGGGGAAAGAUUGCAUGACACUGGUUAAGGAAUGCCACCAACUCCUGUGACACUCAAGUUGCAGGGACAGUGUGUGGCUGAUGGGACCAUGAGUACCAAGGCAGCCAGCACUGGGGUCAUGGAACAAUGACCCUCUCAGUGACCCGAAUACAUCCUCUUAGUUUACACAUCCUGGAAGGCCCCUACAAGAAGACGGUUCUUCUGUGUCAGAGACUGAAGCAGCUACAGCUGAAGCAGAUUCCCUCCAGGACUCUUUCCCUGGGCCCCAGAGCCUGCAUCCAGCCCGCCACAGCACCCAACACACUAUUAAAACCCUCUACAGGCCAAAUCUUGAA